AUGAUGAAUUUUUUAAUAUCAAAAAUAAAAAUUUGUAAUUUCUUAUCAUUUUUCGGUGAAUUUGAAAUAUCGUUAAAAUCUCUAACAGGAAUUAUGUGUAAUUUUUAUGAAGGUAAGAUUGAUUUUCUAAGAGCAUUUGAAUUUGUAUUCGGUGGUGAAAUAAAUGAAAAUCCGUUAGUAUUCGUUCAUGAAGUAUUAAGAGAAAAUUUUUUUAAAAAAAACGGUAAGGCUUGCAUAGAACACAGAAUGUCGGAUAUUAUAAUUACAAAAUCCAAUUAUGAAGAAAAAUUACAAAAUUUAAAUCUGAAUAUAAAAAAAAAAAAUUUGAUAUUUGAUCAAAGGCAAUUUGUUGAUUGCAUAUGGAGUUCAGAGGAUGAAGAUUUAGAAAAAAUCAUUUGUGAAUGCUUAAGCGAAUUAUAUUCAUCUCAUUUUGAUAAAAAUAAUAUUUCGGAUGAAGAAAAUUUUAAUGAUGAAACAGGAAAAAUUGAUUUCGAUGAAACAAAUAAUGAUAAAUUAGAGAAAAUGAUAGAAUUAGAAAAAGAAUAUGAUCUUUUAAGAGAAAAAAUAAACGAAACGAAAUGUAAAAUUGCAAUAUUGUGGCCUCAGAUAUACCACGAAGAAAUUUACACGGCCAUUAAUACAGAAUAUGAAAUCGAUAAUAUUUCAAAUAAUAUUUGUUACAAAUUAGCCAGCGGAUAUGAAUAUUUACGUAAAAGUCAUCUUCAAAAUCGUCUUACGAAUCAGUAUGGAAGACUUCACGAAUAUUUGCAACCGAGUAAAUAUUUACAAGUUUUGAAAAAUAUUAUAGGAAGUGACACGUAUUAUGCCAACCUGUGCGAUACAAUGGAAGAUGCAAUGAAUUGUAUAAAUCUGUUUUCUGGAGAAAGAGGCGUGGAAAUAAAAACUCUGGAACAAGUUUUAAUUUUUUUAUGUAAAUUAUCACAUUUCGGUGUGAUCGAUAAAGUUCCUGUCAUUCAUCAAAAACGUUUUGACAUGGAUUUGAAUAAUAAUAAUUAUUAUUAUUAUUAUGAAGAAGAACAUAUUUUUUUUAAAUUCGAUGGAAUUAUUAAUUAUCAAUAUUUAACAUACGAUAUGAUUAAAUUGGAAAAUGAAAAUGAAUUAAACGAAGAAAUUAUUCAACUUAAACUAAACGAGGAUAGUCAAUUAGAUGAUUAUAAUAAUUAUUUGACAAAGUUGAAGAUUGUUAAAAACGAAAAGAAACGAUUUGAAAAUCAAUUCGAAGGGAUAAAAGAAGAAAUGAGAAGUUUUAACCCAAUUUCCAUUCAGGAUUCUGUCGUUGUGCAAAUGAAAAAUUAUAAUAUAUUUGACAAAGUGAGAAAAUCAAAUUAUUUUAUUGAAAAAGAACUUGUGGCAUUUAAAAAAAUAAUGAGUUUAGAUGAUUUGAAUGAUUUUACAGGAUGUGAAAAAUGGAGAAAAAUGAUAAUAGGAUCAAUAACACGAGAUUUGAAUGAAAUAAGAAAAGAAUAUAAUAAAGCUUUAAAUAAUUUAAAAUUUAUUGAAAAUGAAAGGAAAGAUGCAUUGGAUCCUUUUAUAAAACAUUGCGAUUGUUAUUUAUAUUCAACCUUUUACCAUUUGAUGGGUGAUUCAUUACCAAAUUUGGAAAUAAAAUUUAACAACUCUUCGAGAAAAUGUUUAAAACUACUUUCUCGAUUAAGUCAUGAUGAUGCCAUUGUCAAUUACAUAGACAUAAAAAAUUUUAAUACAUUUUUAAAAUUUUUAUCAAUUCUAUCACUAUUUUUAGAAUUAGCAGUAUAUGAAAAAAUUCCAUUGUUAAUUUUCGAAGAAUUGGAACAAUUUUUUCCCUCGAGUAAUUUCAAUUUGGAAAUAUUAUUUAGCAAACAAUCUGUCAUGGAUGCAUUAUUCAAAGAAGAAGAUGACGACAAACAAUUUCAUUUGAUGAUGAGAAUCGGACAAUUCUUAUUAAAUUAUAUAAAAAAGAAUAAUCUAGGAAAUCGAGUAAGAAAAAAUGAAAAAAUGAAAGAUAUGAUGACUGGACCGACACAAAUAAUUUUUUUUGCAAAUAAUUUUAUACAUGCUGCAAAUCAUUACAUUUGGAUUCACAGACAGGUUUUACCAGAUGAGCAUAUAACUGAUGAAUGCGAUUCAUAUUCAGCGAUACAUGAAUUAAAUUUAAAUUUAUUGAUGUGA